AUGGAGCCUGAUCGGAAAUUUCAUCACCCGUUUACCCCCUAUGAUAUUCAACUUCAGUUUAUGGAAGCCUUGUAUGGCUGUUUAGAAGAUGGAAAAGUUGCCAUCUUUGAGUCCCCCACUGGUAAUAAAGCCAUUCCCCAUGAAUCCCCCCCCCUUUCACCUUCCUGUAUGCUGACCCUGAAACCACCAGGUACCGGUAAAUCCUUGAGCUUGAUCUGUGGUUCCCUGACUUGGUUAAGGGAUCAUAAACGGAAAGCUUUUCAACAAACAUUGGAUCAGGCAGCAUGUGACGAUGAUGAACCCGACUGGAUGGUCGAGUUUGCCAAGCGGGACUCGCGGCGCGCCAUUACAGAAAAAAGACAGACAUUUGAAGCCCGACUAGCCAAGAUCAAACAAGAAGAAGAUCAGCUCAGACAGACUGCAAAUCAAGAGCGACCACGGAAAAGACAGCGUGUGGAAGAGACAGAAUCAACAGAGAAGCCAGAUGACGAGGAGCAAUUUGUCCUUGAGGACUACGACAGUGAAACAGACGAAUCGAAGAAACAGACUGACUCUGGGGGAGUCGAGGGAUUGUCAGCCAGCACUCUAGCCUUACUCGAGCGAUUCAAAGAAAAGCUAUCCACGCAAAAACAGGAAGAAGAAGAGAAUGAUUCAGUCAAAAUCUUCUACUGCUCCCGUACACAUUCACAAUUGAGCCAGUUCGCAGGAGAACUACAGCGGGUGACCUUUCCAUCGAGUAUACCCAAUGACCCAAACGCGAACGACAAAGACAAAGACGCUCUGGCUCAAUUGGAAGAGCGGACCAAGCAUCUGUCGCUAGGAUCGAGAAAGAAUCUCUGUAUCAACCCCAAAGUACGAGCUCUAGAGAACAGUACAGCUAUCAAUGAACGAUGUCUGGAUCUACAACAAUCGGGUCUCGCGGCUGAUAAGAAAUGUUCCUUUCUCCCUACAAAAGAUGACGAGGCCUUGAUGCUUCAAUUCCGAGAUCACACACUUGCCACAGUGAAGGAUAUUGAAGAUAUUGGCAAAGUAGGAGAGAAAAUUGGCAUAUGUCCAUACUAUGCAUCGCGCUCAGUCAUCAAACACAGCGAGAUUGUGACCCUUCCCUAUCCGCUACUCCUUCAACGAUCUGCCCGUGAGGCUCUCAACUUGUCUGUCAAGGAUCAUGUGGUGAUUAUCGACGAGGCUCACAACCUCAUGGAUGCAAUUGCAGGAAUUCACUCGGUGACGGUCUCAUUACAUCAACUACAAACCUCCAUCUCACAGUUAACGAUCUACGCGCGAAAAUUCAAAAACAGACUCAAGGGUAAAAACAGAAGCUACUUGGCGCAAGUGAUCAGGCUGAUUAACUCCAUCGCCGAUCAUCUUCGAAAAAUUUCACAGCAGAAAGGAGCCCUUGAAGGAAAUGUUCAGUUCUCUGAUCUCAUGGCUGGCAAGGGAGUGGACCAAAUCAACCCCUACAAGCUAUCACGAUACUUGCAAGAGAGUAAGCUGGCCCGCAAGGUGGAUGGGUAUGCCGAGUCAUCAGAGAAUGCUCAGCUAGCUCAAAAAAGCAAAGCGACAAUGCCGGUCUUAUUCCACAUCCAAAGCUUCCUCAUUCCUCUUAUGAACCCCUCGGAAGAAGGAAGGCUGUUCUAUCAAAAGGUGCAAGAUGAUGUGCUAUUGAAGUACAUGCUUCUUGAUCCUACAAACCACUUUCGGGAAAUUGUAGAGGAUGCCCGUGCGGUAAUACUGGCUGGUGGAACAAUGUCUCCGAUGUCUGACUACGCAACCCAUCUAUUCUCCUACGUUACCCCCGAAAGACUUGGUACCUUUAGUUAUGGUCACGUCAUUCCGCAUACCAACCUGGUGGCACAGUCACUUACUAAAGGCAUUCUGGGCUCUGAUUUUGACUUUACCUACGAGGCCCGAGGGUCGGAGAAGAUGAUCACAGACUUCGGUCGAACAAUAGCCACACUAUGUCAAAUAAUCCCAGAUGGCGUUGUUGCAUUUUUCCCAAGCUACGACUACUUAGCACAAGUACUGGGUGUUUGGCAGAAACCAAUCCCAAAUGGCAACGGGCAAACCAUCCUCGGGCUAAUUGAAAAGAAAAAGAAAGUUCUCUACGAAUCUCGCGAAGGAACCACAUCAACCGAUGCAUUACUCCAGGAAUAUACCGAAGCUGUGGAAUCCGGAUCUGGAGCCUUGCUAUUCUCAGUAGUUGGUGGGAAAUUGUCCGAGGGUAUCAAUUUCUCCGACCGGCUCGGACGAGGAGUACUUAUCAUUGGAUUGCCAUUCCCUAACAUCCGGAGUGCAGUCUGGCAAGCCAAGAUCAAAUACAUCGAAGAGAAGACCUAUAAGCAGGGCUCGGGGUCUGAGGCCGAGAAAAAGGCCAAAGCCUCAGCCGCAGGUCGAGACUUCUAUGAGAAUUCAUGUAUGCGAGCUGUCAAUCAGUGUAUUGGACGAGCUAUCAGGCAUGUGAAUGACUAUGCGGCUAUUAUUAUGAUUGAUAGACGCUACGAUACACCACGAAUUCGGGCUAAGUUGCCAGGGUGGAUACAAGGGAGCUUGGUCACUCCAUCCGCUGAACGGCCUGUUCAGAAGACUGUGCAACGAUUGGCGAAAUUUUUUGCGGAGAAGGCAUGA